AUGAAGUACAUCAUCCUUCUUCUCAGCGCCGGGUCGAUCGGCUACGCCUUCCCCCAGGCGGCCGCCGGCCAAACUACUCUUCCCUUCAAGCCCGCGCCGCUGCGUUCGGGUAUCGAUUGCCCUGCCAAGGGAGGUUACAGCGAAGAUGCGUGCGGCACCAAGAGAUUCUGCAAGGCCAUUGACAUCUUCGGCGCCAACUCGAAAAAGUUCAAGACCAAGCCCACCUGGGCCAGCACCGACGACUGCUUCAAGGCGCACGCACCGGAGCCCAAACAGGCGCUCCUGGAGUUUAACUAUAGCUCGCCCGGCGCGGACUGCGAAUUUGACUUCAGUGAGGAGGCUUGCGGCACCAAGGAGUACUGUGCGCAGAUUGAUGACAUCGCCGCCCACUCUAAACUGCGUGGCGAAGAUACAGAACAGUCGGAAGACAUCCGCUAUGAAAGCACCGAGGAGUGCCUCAAGGCGCACGUGCCCGAGAAACCGGCUUCAUCACCCUCCCGGACAGAAACUACAAAAGGGCAAUGCGAAUGA